GCUUGUUUGCUUUCCGGACGGCGGUGGUGUUCGGUGCUCUAGCGUUCCUGAUUGGAAAAAGGGGUCAAGUAGGUGGCAGUGCUCUAAAAUCACCGUUUCGUCAAAAGUUUACGUAUCUGGGAAUGGUAUACUUGGAGGUGAAACUGUUCGUUUUGAGGGAGAUACAGCCUCAUGAGGAGUUCUUCUGGUCAUUGAGGAAGAAGUUCGUCGAGAACGUAAAAAACAAAAUAAAACACCUGCAGGAAGCCUUUUCAUUAACUUACACACCCCGUGCUUUGUUUUGUAAGAAAGGAUGGAUCGGAAGAUCAUCGUUUACGAAAGUUUAGUAAUACUGAGACAAAAAUAAUCCCUGUUCCCUUUUCCCAUUCGAUGUACUUACCUGUUGUUUAUUUUCAAAGUAUUUCAAAAAGUGUGUAGUUGUUGAAUCUAGAGCACUGUAAUUAUUUUGAAUGCUGCAAGUAGGUUCCACUUUUCCUAUACAUCGUUGUUUGUUGGUGGAAUGAUUAUACGAUUUUUAAAUUUACAUCGGGUGUAUUUUUAAUCUUUUGGUCUUGCGCUAUGUACUUUCUUGAUCUAUAACAACUUGUUCUGCAAGGAAACACAACAACACAUUUCAAAGGCAAUAUAUCUGCAGGUUCCCUUGGACAUAAUAGAGAAAAUGAAAAUCAGUUUUGACUCUGAUUCUGGAAGAAGCCAGACAGGAAGCUGCCCUGUGGUCACUGCUAAUUGAAUCAGCCGGUUGCAAAUACAGCAGCAAAAUGGCAUUUCUGCAAUGGACAUAAUAAACACCAGAGCACAAGACUCUGUGAGAAAUGCUGCCCCCAACUUACGUUCCGGGUUUCCACGACGAGGAGGCCGUGAGGGCGAUGCGGUACAAUGACCUCGGCACGACGGGCCUCAAGGUGUCCCACCUGGGGCUGGGUGGCGGCCCACUGGGGAUAUAUGGAGACUACCCUGAGGAGGAUGCGAUUGCGGCAGUGCGGGAGGCGAUCCGGCAGGGCAUCAAUUACAUCGACACGGCACCCUUCUAUGGCCUCGGGAGGUCUGAAGAAGUUCUUGGCAAGGCCCUGAAGGGCGUCCCUCGGCAGGCAUACUACAUCGCCACCAAGGUGGGCCGCUACACAAUGGACCCCCGCACCAUGUUCGACUUCUCUGCACAGAAGACGAGGGAGAGCUUCGCGAAGAGUCUCAAACUGCUGCAGCUGGACUAUGUGGACAUCAUACAGGUGCACGAUGUGGAGUUUGUUCAGAACCCAGAUGUGAUUAUCCGGGAGACUCUUCCAGUGCUGCAGGAGUUUGUGGCAGUGGGUAAAGCGAGGUUCAUCGGCAUCACGGGGUAUCCUCUCGAGCCGCUCCGAGAGAUCAUCGAGAAGAGUGGCAGCGUGAAGGUGGACACGGUGCUGUCGUACACCAGAGACACUCUCGUAGACGACACACUACAGCGGCAUCUGCCAUUCUUCAAGGAGAAGGGUGUGGGCGUGAUCUGUGCGGCGGGCACGGCGAUGGGCCUCCUGAGCAGUACGGGGCCGCAGCCGUGGCACCCUGCGCCCCAGAAGCUGCGGGAUGCGUGCCGAGCGGCAGCUGGCUACUGCAAGGAGAGGGGUGUCGAGCUGGCCCGACUGGCGAUGCACCACGCUUUGACGCGCGAGGGGCAGGCGACACACGUCGUCGGAAUCAACAGCACACAAAUCCUGCGCUCCAACCUGCAGAUCCUGCGUGACGGGCUGACUUCUACAGAACAAGAGGUGCUGCGUGACGUCAAAAAGAAGUUCUUCGCUCAGCUGCCGGUGCGCCACUGGGAAGGCCUGGAGCUGACAAUGCUGAGGGAAGAGUGGCGGAAGCUGGGGAUGCUAUGAGUUGCGAGGCCUCUCAUAGUGAAAUGCAGGGCAUUGAAAGCUGUUCGUGUUGCCUCUCUGCUGUCAAAACUAUCCCUUCAAAAAUUCACCGUCUGCUCCUCUGCCAGUGGCUGGUGCCUCUGUAGCUCGAACAUACUGCAGUCAGCAUCCUAAACGGGCCGAGCUCGACCAUCCGUGCGGCUUUUGGUCACACUUGAGUUGAUUUUUUUGAAAGUUGCUGUUUGGAAUGUGUAUCCUAUAUUUGUAUAAAUGUGUACUCGCACUGAUUGUCAACAGUAUGAAAGGGGAUCUCACUGUCAAAGACGGGUCUUUUCACACUAGACAGAACAUCAAUACGAAGAUACUUUGUUACGUCUCCUUCAUGCUCUUCACAUCACAUUAAUUUUCUUAAGUGAUAGUGUUUCCUCCAUUUCUCUUCAAUUACACACAUUGUAUGAAAUAUGUACUACAAGAAAAUUUCUACUUUUUUCAUAAAAUGUGUGCUGCUCUGCUUUGGUUGCAUUUUUUGUAAUUCAUAUGAUUCACUUUCACAUCUCUCUCAUGAGACAGUACGCUGUAAACCCAGUGAUUAAACUGCUUCUUUUAUGCUAAAAUUUUGUCCAAAUCUAACAGACUACCUGACGGUGAAUUAUUUUGGCUGUUUCACCUUCCCAUGUGGUGUGGGAAUAUCACAGUUUCCCUUAGCCCAUUACCAAACGGUGAAAAUGAGGUUAUGAGAUACCAUCACGAUACAUAGUCAGAAUACAGAAUCAGAACUAAGGAACUAGCAGUAAUAAAAUUUAUCGAUGACCAAAAUAAAAAUCAUAAAGAAUGGUCUUGACUGAAGAUGCGUUGUACAACUUACACACAGCUGAGAGGAAAAUGUGAUUUUUCUCCUGACUAGCCCUUUCACUAUUAAAAAAAAAAGAGCGUUACAUUUGUUUCAUUAUUCUAUAUUGCUGUUGGUCCACAGCGUAAUCUCUAUUUGUCUGGGUAUUGUUAAAACCUAAAUUAUUUUUCCAUUUCACACUUGUAGGUAAAAAUGUACAAGUCGUCCUGCAACCUUUCACAAAAGCGAUGCAAAUAUUCAAGUAAAUUUUAAGAAGGCAAAAUUAUCCACUACUGAAUCACAGUUAAGUGAGUGUGGUGAGAUUAAAUUAAUUUUGAAAGGUAGCAGGUAAUGCUACCAACCCUCCGCAAACAUCAAUACUCCCUUCCCGAGAAUAGUUGACGGUGACAUUCUAUUGUGCCCCGUUCUGUUUUGUCCCAUUCCAUUCUGUUGGCAUUUCAGUGUUAAUCGACUUAAAACAGGCAGAACAAAUUUAAUGGUUGUACUAGUUUGUAAAGAUUGUAAAAAUCAAAAGCAGAGAGGGGGGAAGGAGUAAUCGAUUCGUAGGGAAUUUCCGAAUCACAUCCAGUCUCCACUUCUAGAUUAUUGUAAUAGAUCCUGCAAGGAUCUGAGAGAACAAACAACACACAAUUCCCUCAGUUUCUGAAAGAAUGCUUGCCAUUGUUCUUCAUCUCUUGUCAUCUUUGUUCUCUUUCUGCUGCUACCUACUGUAUAAAAUGUAGUGAUGCUUUAGACACAGCACAUUUACACAAAAUAAGUCAACAUUUAGCCACCACAAGUAACCUCUUGUUGUGGUGGAGCGUAGUUUGUGUACCAUUGUCACUUCCCUCCCUUUUGUUCCAGUAGCAAAUGGUGUGCGGGAAGAACAACUUUUAAGCCUCCACUUUGGCUCAGAUCUGUCUAAUUUUACCUUCGUGGUCUUUUUGCGAGAUAUUCAAAGGGGUAAUCAGUAUACAAGCUGAUUUUUCUUACGAGAUAUUCUUUCGCAUUUUCAAUAGUGAACCACACUGUAAUGCACAACACACUUGCACUUCCUGAACAAGCAUGUGGUGAAGCAUGUUGAGCUCUUAUUUGAAUGUUCCCUCUCGGCUACAUAAUUCACGACUGGUAAGAGCUAUAGAGAUGGAUGAGGACUAUUUGUGAUUCGUGAGUUUGAGAAUGGUUCCUCUGCCAAGAAAUGAGUCUGCUCUUUCCCCACCUUUGAUUGGCCUGGACUUACGCCCCCCACUGUAACAAUGCCAUGAUUAAAAGGACAUUAAAAUCACAGCUCUUCCCCCCCCCCUUUUCCCCCAUUGCUGCUCUCCCCUCCUCUCUCUCUCUCUCUCUCUCUCUCUCUUCUUGUUCUCCUCCUCCUCCUCCUCCUCCUCUUUCCUCCUCGUGAGUGAGGUUGUGGUUUGAGUAAGGCCCUAGGCUGGUAUUCAGGACAACCAACACUGUGAUUAGAUUUUUCCUCCACAAGUCCCUGAGUCAGCAAAGGUAAGUGCUGGGAUGGCUCCUAUUAAAACAACAGAGCCCAUUUCCUUCCCUGACCACACUGGACUUGUACACAAGGAAGGCAGUUGAAACACGACAUCAGUUAAUGGGAAUGCUGAGAUGUCAGCAGUUCUGUCUUCAGGUCGAUACAGUGAGGGAGGUUUCCGAGUGUAAAGUGUGCAGAACUGAGCUUUUUUCUUAACUUAUCCACAUCCUGGUGCCAUCUCAGUUUAUUAUCCAUUGGAUGCCCACUGACCUCUACUUCUGGCGCCUUUAAGAUAUUUUUAUUUGUUUUGUAUUGCCUCACACAAAUGUUUGCAAGAUUGUAGGUUAAGCUCCAGAAUGAAUUUUCACUCUGCAGAAGAGUGUGCACCAGUUUUAAAACUGUGUGCCAGACCGGGACUCCAACCUGGGACCUUUGCCUUUCACAGGCAAGCCCUCUACCUGCUGAGCUAUCGCAGUAUGACUCACAUUCCGCUCUCGAGGCUUUUAUUUUCACCAGUACCACUUCUCUGACCUCCCUAAACAAGACAGUUCUGGAUACAAUGUGGGGCUGUCACUUGCAGAAGAAAGGAUAGACAGAGAAGUGGCUUAGCUGCAGCCGAGGCAAUUGCUUCACUCCACUGUGUAAUCAGGAAUUAUUCAGAAGCUACUAAUCAUGAGCUGUACAAUUUAACGUGCAAUCCCAAGUACAAAUUGCAGCGCAUCUUGGCAACUCUGUGAACGUGUUGCACGGAUUUGUGAUAAUGAAGCUUUCACUGAUGACGCAAGUACAACCAUUAAGUUUGCUGCUGUAGCUCAUAGUUAUUAGGUCAUACUGUACUGGAACAAACUAUCAUAAUGUUUUAUCAACUUCUGCUGACUGCAGUAGAAUGUCUCUAAGUAGCAAAGUGUUACAUCAAGUACAUGUUGGAUGGCAGUGUGGAAAAUAACUUGUCCGUACUGCAUUUUUCCUAGGCCUCUUGCUGUUCUCAGACUUAUGUUUGUAUGAUACUCGCCUCUCUAGAGUUUACUGAUGUGGUACAAAACUUAUACCCCUUUAAAUAAAGAAUUCUGACUUUCAAUAGUCGCAGGAACUUCAGCUUGUAUUUUUGUCAGUCUGUAAAUAAUUAAAGGAAUUAGGAUGACACCUCAUCAAAUAUUAGAGGUGCUGAGUUGUAUGGCUCAUAAAUGAGAGAAAGAACUUAACUAUUAUAUUUAAGAUGAAUCCUCCUCAAGUGCCCUGCCUACUCCACAUGACACAGCCCCUCAAACCAGCCGUGCUGCUGUGUGCGUGCACAUGCAUGUGUGUGUGUGUGUGUGUGUGUGUGUGUGUGUGUGUGUGUGUGUGUGUGUGUGUGUGUGAGAGAGAGAGAGAGAGAGAGAGAGAGAGAGAGAGAGGGGGGGGGGGAGGGUGGGGGAAUUGCACUUUGGGAUUUGUCAGGAAGCUAGGAAAUUCCUCUCUUUCCUUUAUGUGCCUUUUGACAACUCAGUGUGUCUAAUAUUCAGGAGGUGUUACCCUUAUUGCUUGAAUUAUUUAUAUUCCCCCAGAACCUUCCAUUACCAGUUUUGUCAGUCUGGACUUAUUUGGAGGGAAUCUUGUACAAAUGUGGGCAUCAUAAAAUUGCCAUUGCUUUUAUCCACUGUCCAUUGGCAACUGAGUAUAUGGUGAACUAAUUUUAAGAAGUUGUUGAUAGGUUACCUUUUGAUAUUCUAAUAUGUGCUGUGUUUGAACAGAACAGUUCUCAUUUUUUAGUGUUUAUAGUAAAAUGAUUUUUUUUAAAAAAAAAAAAAAGCUUGAAGUAAAAGGACAUUGAGUGUGAGCAGAAAGUGGCCUCUAUUUGCCCAGAAAUUUAAAAAAAUAAUAAAAGUAAUCUUUUAUACAUAUUGUUGAACACCCGGCCUAUUUGAUCAGCAGUGACCAGUUUUUCCUCCCUUUUGUCUCUGCAACCACUUCUCCCCACAUUUGAUAAUUUGUGUAAAUCGCAGGGGAGAGGUGAGUUUGCUUUGUUGAUGAAACUGUAUUCCAUCAGUCGGCUCUUCCCCUUUGCCAGAGGCUGUACCAUUUUCUGUACACACAAUAUCAGGGAUGUCGGGCGCACAAGAAUGGCUACGAGAUGGCCUGACUCCUUUCCACCCGGUGCCGAACUAAGCAGAUGAUAUUGUCUGUAGAAUCACUGUAUAUUAGUAUUUUGUUAUUCUGACUGUAGAUAUUUCAGUUUCAUCUGCACAAAACUGUGUAAGCAGUCAUUACCUCUGUCUCUGCUCCCGCAGCACAGGUACUCGGUGCUUUGUACGCUGCCUGCAGCGUUUGUGGGGGCAGUGGGUACUCCCAUCCCCCCUUUUGUGCACAUUGUCAUUUGUAAUGCUCCAUAGAGAGCAGCUCAUCAUUUCCACAACAAAAGACUUACGUAAUUUUCUCUCUCUACUGCCAAUACCAGUUACCUUAAUUCAUACUUUUUCUAUAUAUUUUAAUUGUCUGACUGCUUGAUUACUUUGUUAAAUAAAGUACAUAAUCUGACAA